AACGUAUAUAUCGACAAAAUUAUCUAUUGUGUUAUUUUUUUUUCAGCUAUUUUUUAUUUUCUUAGCUUUACAACUUGAAUUCGAUGAACCUGAAUAUGAUAUGGAUGAAAUUGAUCAUAAUUGGUUUCAUAAAACAGCUCAUAGUUUAUGUCCUGAGCUUACAUAUCUUGAAUAUGAAACUAUUAUUGAUAAACUUGAGAAUGCAAGUACGCGAACACGUGUCUCGUUGGAUGAAGCACGAGCAUUGUUUGCAUCUUCAACACCAUCAAUAAUCAAUGAUUUACAUAUAAAUACUGUUUAUGAUUUUUGGUAUAAACGACGAACAACACGGGACAAACGAUUGAAACCACGUUUACUAACAGAACGUGAUAUCAAAGAAGAAAAAGGAAAGCAUCAUCCAUAUGUUGCUUUUCGACGGCGUGUUGAAAAAAUGACAACAAGAAAAAAUCGAAAAAAUGAUGAGCAAGCCUAUUUAUCAAUGCUCAAAUUACGUUCUAAUUUUGAAGCCGUCGUUAAGUUAACAAAUUUGAUCAAACUACGUGAAACAACCAAAGUCUCAUGGCUCGAAUGCGCACUAGCAAUUUUUCAAGCACGAUGUGAUUCGAAAUUGGAUGAUGAAACAACAUCGACGAAUCAAUCAUCGAUAUCAUCGUUGUCGACAAAUCAAGAUCAAUAUCAUCAUACUCGUUCCCAUUUGAAAACAUCUUUAUUGAUGAACAGUAAUAGUAAUCUAACAAAUAUUCAACAUCAACAAUUAUUAACACAAUUAAUACGUAUUGAAAAUCAGAAAAAAAAUUCAUUAACAACAUCAACAUUAGCUAAUCUUUUACAAACAUCUAUAAAAUCACGAUCAUUAUCAAUGGAUCCUAAUGAUCCAUUUCAACGAAAAAUUAAAAAAUUAAAAACAUCACAUCGAAAAAUGAAUCAUACCGAUAAACUUACACAAUUGUUGUCUUCACCAACAAUACCAUCAUCACCUAUUGUAUAUAAUAUGGGAUUGACAUCAACAUCAAUCUCACCACAAUCCAUAUUUGAACGAUUGUCAUCAUCAAAUGUUGUUUCUUCACCUUCAGAACAACAAACUAAUCGACGUCGUUUAAAACAUUCUCCAUCAGGAACAAUAAAACAAGGAAAAAAUCAUCGAAAUUUAUCACCUGUGGAUAUAUGGUCCCUUGUAGAUAAUACAAAAGGUGGUGCAAUCUUGCUUAAAGCUCAAUUUCUUGAAGCAGCAAGAAAAAUGCAACAAAAAGAAGAGCUUGAAAAUAACAUAAAUCGUCGUGUUAUUUUGCAAGAUGGUUCAUCUGUAUUAUCAAAUACAAAUGAAAAUAUCAAUAAUAGACUAGAUGAAGUGGGAACGAGUAUUGAUGAUGAAGAAUCAAUUGAUCCUUGGCAAUUUCGGCCUAAAAUUGGAUGUAGAUAUCUUCGGCCUAUUGACCAAGAUCAACAACAGCAUGUUCAAUCACAACGUUCAAGUUUUUCAUCAUUUUAUUCUCUCGCUUGUUCCGAACGUGGUCAUCUCGGCAAGCGACGAGUACGAAUAGGUCGUGGUGGAAGAUUACUCUAUGAUCGUCAUAUUGAACAGGAGAAUAAUAAUUCUAUGAAUGAAAUUCAUAAUUUUUCAUUAACAAGUAAAUCAUAUUUUACGGAUAAACCCAUAUUAUGGUAUGUCUCGUCUCAACCAUCACUUACUGACUCAUAUCAUUUACAUUCACAUUUAACAGUUCAUGAUCAUACAACAUCACUAGCUCAUCAUUAUCAAUCAAAAUCAUCAACAUCAUCGAGUUCAAUCCAUUUAAACGAUUCAUUCUAUCAUGUAAAUAAUUCAAAUCCAUCUUUAUCAUUAAAUAUAAAUGGUAAGCAUAGACCAUCGAUAUCAAUUGAACUCGAUCAUCCAUAUUCAUGUUCAUCACGUUAUGUUAAUCAAGCGUUACGUACAUUAGUUGAACCACAAUUACCAUCACCAUCCCCAUCACCACCUCCAAUAACCUCUAUAUCUACAUCACAACAGAUGAUGGUGAUAUCGACACCACCUACUCCACCACCACUACCACCAUUAUCAUCAUCAUCAUCGAUGAUAAAUAAUCAUAAAAUAGAUAGUUCUCAACAACAACAACAACCAUUCUAUACAAAAUCAUCAUCAACAUAUGUUCUUUCUCCAUCAACACCUUUUUUUCCAUCACAUCAUCACUCACAUGUUAUUCCAUCAACGUCUCCACCUUCAACACCAUCAUCAUGUGGUCUUGUACAAUUUGUUCAACUUCAUCGUAUACUUCCACCAACAAAACCCCAUAAUUUUGCAUCAUCAACACCGGUGACUACAUCCGAUUCAUGA